AUGGUUCAUAAAACAGGUGUUCAUGCAUGCCCUGAAUGCUCUAAAACAUUCACACGUCUCGAGUACGUCAAUCGACAUCGUCGUCUCAAACAUCUUGGCUUGAGACCCUGGAGUUGUCCUUGUGGUGUGAGUUACGCAAGAAGUGAUCUAUUGUGUCGUCACAAGCGAAAGUGUCCACAGGCUACCAGUCAAGCCACAAAUCCAAUCUCAGUCUCCCAGCAGCCUUCCAAUUUACCUAUCCAAAUCCCUCCUGGCCCACAUUCGAGCUUCGAGGUUUCUGGUCAACCAGAGUCAUUCAAUGAUGACAUGUACGGAGGGGCCUUACCACCGUCCUACGGUCAAGCUAUUGGAUACAAUCCUUUGCCAGCUCGGUAUGAUGCAUGGGGCCAGUUACCUAUGCCUUCAGCCAAACUCCCCGGUGACGAUCAUCGUUUUUCGUCACAAGACAAAUUUGAAUUUUCGACCCAACUAAACGAAUCCAACACUUUACCAUCGGUCAAUCAGUCUUCCAGCACAUCAACUGAUGACCAGUCGCAGUCAGAAUUCAAUCAUCAGAUCAUCUCCUCUGAAACCUAUCAAGACAAGGAAGAACAUACUCCCUCUAGCGUUUCAGAGAUAGGACACCCGGAUAGUUACGUAGUCCGAUACUCUGAUCCACAAUUCUUCAUCACUGAGGAGGAGAAAUCGAGCAAGUAUUACCUAAAUCCAUCCCUCUGGACGAUUGCAUUUAUGUGCCAAAAGGGCCAAGGGUUUACGAUUCCAACAGUAGGAACGUUAUCGAAGUACCUCCGGAAGGCUACGUAUGAUAUGCUUCCAUUGAUUCCGAUGAUUCAUGUCCCGACAUUCAAAGCAUCGAUCAUGUCAAUCCACCUUGGAUAUGCGCUCACGGUCGCUGGUGCAGCUACUGAUAGCUCUGAACAUGCUAUCGCAUUUGCAAAUCAAUCGCUGUUGUACAAAAGACCUCUAGUACAAAGAGAUUUUAUUUUGGAAUCCAACCCGUUUGACUUUAGAUUCGAGCUCCUCCAAACGCUUUUGACUUAUCAAUUCCUAGGCAUCUUUAAUAGACUUGAUCAUCAACGACAAAGAGCUGUAUUGUUCAAUGAUACCUUAGUCGAAAAUUUCAAAAAUCUUGCUCUUACUCGAAUCGUUCAAGAAGCACCUGAUUAUGUGAAACUUGUGCUUGAAGGCCACAUGCCUCUCGAGCUUGCUUGGCGUAGCUGGGCAAAGUACGAAACUCACAAACGAACGGUCUUUUUGGUUCUUAUGUCAGCGUACCAACUUUCCGAAACGCCUGGACUAAAUAUUCAAGAUGCGAAUAUCCCAUUACCAUGUCACGAAGAAGCUUGGACCGCACCCGAUCCCGAAUCGUGGUUAAUCGCAAUGUACAAACACACUUCUCAAUGCCGUCCAGAUCAAAUACCAUCAAUAGGAGAAGCAUCGAUCCCAUUACUUACAGAUGCAUUAGCAGCUUUAGAUUUAGGAAGCAAUUCAUCAACCGAUCUUAUUUCUAGUAAUAAUGAAACUACUUUGGAACUUGAAGGGAUUCCAAGAGGUGUUCCUACUUUAGCUUCGCCUACUAUGGAAAGCAUGUUAUGUCCUUCUCCUGUUACAAGAGCUGGUCAACUUACUUCUCCACCUGAAUUACGUAGAUUAGGUACAUUUGCUAAUCUUGUACUUGGACAUUGCAGAAAGAUGAAUCUUCAAAAUGAUCAAUUUAUAAAUAACGAUUUACGUAUUCAAGGAUAA